AUGGCGGAUAAGGACGAGAACAAGACGGAAUCAUCAAGUUCAUCUGCCAGCAAUGUGAGCAAAACAAGUAGUAGUCACAUUGCAUCAAAGCAGACAAAUGAUGUUGAGGAGAAAUCUGUUCAUUCUUCAGAGAGAGAAUCAGAAAGUCUAGAAAAUUCGCUGGUGAAUACCAUCGCUACAAUUCAAAAUAAUUUCUUUAAAAAAGGAAAAUCACUGAAAACAUGGCAUCAAUUUCUGCUCAAUAAAAUUCUCUACAACAAUGAUUAUAUCCAUAUGAAUGAAGCAUUCUGUUUUAUAGAACGCAAAAUAAUGAUCAGAAGAGAACAGAUUUUUUAUGCAAUAUUAUUUUUGUUAGCUGCAUUUGUAUUAUUACAAAAUUUUGACCCAUUAUUGUGUACCACAGUUAGCUGCUUUUAUCCUGCAUAUGAAACCACCAGGUCUUUAACUAUUCACAAGAAUAAAGCGCGCAAACAGCGUAAACAUUGGCUUAUCUAUUGGAUUGUAUUCGCAUUUUUCACACUGCAAGAUUAUUACAUCGAAUGGCUAACGAAGUUCUUUUCUCCACUUCUUUUACUAAAGAUGCUAUUUUUGAUGCUGCUAGCAUUACCAAACGCUGGCAUUGCUGAGUUAUGCUAUUACAAUAUUGUAGUUCCUAUGCUUUCCGUUGUGAACGAUACCUUCGUGAAGUAUAAUCGGCGGAACAGUGGUGUCGUAGAUGUCACAACAAAUGGUUCAGAAAUUCCAAAGGAAAACGAUGAGUAA